AGCUUCUCCAAUGCCCUGACCAAAAACAUCGUGGCCAUGCUGGUGUGGCUGGCCUUGAGCAUCAUCAACAGCAGCAUGGUGCACACGUUCCUACGCCACAGUCUGUUCUACGAGAACCCCCGGUACAUCAUGUUCAUCACUAUGGUGAUAAACGACGCCCUGCAGCUGAGCCUGGUCACAGCGCUCUAUGUGGUCAGCUACAUCUUCAGAAAGAUCCAAGCCUCCAUCUGCUGCAUCCUCAUCAUGACCGCCGUCCUCACCACCCGCUCCACUCCGCUCAUCCUGGCGGGCAUGGCACUGGAACGCUACUUCGCUAUCUGCUUCCCCUUGCAUUACACCCAGAUGUGCACCGUCCCGAGAACCCUCCUCCUCAUCGGUAUCAUCUUUAUCCUCACCUCGGCCCCUCCCAUAAGCGACCUCCUCAUCACCGUGGUCAAAGAACCUCCCAGCUUCUUCAGGACCUCCAUCUUCUGCGACCACUCCUUCCUCUUCCGAGACAGGUCCAUUUACUACAAGAACUGUGUGUUUGAUGGGACGUACCUGUCAUUUGUGGCCCUCACACUGGUCUACACAUACUGCAAGAUCAUGUUAACGGCUAAAGCGGCGUCGGGACUGGCAUCGGUGAGGAGAGCUAGGAACACGGUGCUGUUGCAUGGAGUGCAGCUGCUCCUGUGCAUGCUUGCAUUUGUGGUGCCCUCCCUGCAGGCUGCUCUCAUCUCCCUGUUCCCUCAGCUGAGUCUGGAGAUCCGAUACAUCUUCUUCCUGGUAGUGUACAUCAUCCCUCGCUUUCUCAGCCCGGUCAUCUAUGGCUUCAGGGACGAGCAGUUCAGGAAAUACUGGACCAGGUACCUCCGUUGUGGGCGAGACACCCAGCAGAGAGUCCUCCCGCUGUAG